UCCUCGGCGGCAGCUAUGGCGGCUUCGGGUCCGGCGGCCGGGAGGCCUCGGGGGCGGCCGGGGGCGGCGGCGGCCUCGGUGGGGCAGGAGGAGCUGCGGCGGCUGAUGCGGGCGAAGCAGCGCGAGGCGGCGGCCGGGAAGAAGAAGAGGGUCGACUCGCCCUUCGCCAGAUAUAACAGUUUGGGAAACUUAAGCUGCUCUCUCUGCAACAUGCCUGUGAAGAGUGAACUGUUGUGGCAAACACAUGUGCUUGGGAAGCAACACAAAGAGAAAGUUGAGCAGUUGAGAAAUCUUAAACAAUCAGUACCAGGUCCUAUUCCUGACACCUCAUCUUCUCUAAAGAGGAAAACAACCAACACAGAAUCUCCAGAACUGAAGAAAGCCAAAGAUUCAAGUGACCAUCCGCAAACACUCUCUUCUGGGCUGCCAGCAGAUUUUUUUGGGAAAAAUGAACAAGCGGAAGCAGAAAAGGCCUCUUGCAAAGCUUCAAGUGGUGGCUUAUUACUUGGAGACUCUGAAGAGGAGGAGGAGGAAGAGGCAGAAGAGAUGGCCAAAGAAAUCCAGGACAACAGCAGCAAACCUCCUUUGUUGUCCACUGGGCAGCAUACAGCAACACCAGCCCACCCUCAGAAAGUAGACCCCACUGCUUUACCAUCAGACUAUUCAGACAAUAAAACUUUAGCUGCACCUUUAGUUUCCCAUUCUGGCUCUAUUCAGAAAGCAGAAAUACAAGAAAAAGUUGUGGAAAGGAAAGAAAACACUGCGGAGGCCUUGCCAGAGGGAUUUUUUGAUGAUCCUGAAGUGGAUGCAAAGGUGAGGAAGGUUGAUGCUCCAAAGGAUCAGAUGGACAAAGAAUGGGAUGAAUUCCAGAAGGCUAUGCGACAAGUCAACACUAUUUCAGAAGCUAUAGUAGCUGAAGAAGAUGAGGAAGGGCGACUCGACCGUCAAAUUGGAGAAAUAGAUGAGCAGAUUGAAUGUUUCCGGCGUGUUGAACAACUGCGUGACCGCCAGGAAGUACUGAAGGAUAAACUGAAGGAAGCCAUGAGACUAAGAGCUGCACAGGUUGAGGACGGCGACACUGGCAGUGAUGACGAAGGAGAACUGCAUGACCUCCUCUCUCAGGACUGGAGGGCAAAAGGAACAUCGUUGUAGCUGCUAGGAGCCAGUCUCCUGAUGGGUGGUAUUUUGGUCUUCUAACACACUUAGGAUAAAAUAUUUAUUUAAAGAAUCCUGCGGGUAUUGAAAUGUGUAAAAAUAUGUUUAUAGGGUUAAGAAUAGAAAAAGCCAUUGUAAAGAGUUGUAUAUUGUAAAAACAUUUUUUAAAAAAUUGUAAUUGUAGCUUUCCUAUUAAAAUCUACAGAAAAUGUUUUAUUUGCUCUAUGAAUCCAUAUGGUUUUCCAUUUGGCAGGGGGCGGGGGCUCCUGUUUGAGAAAAUAAGUCUGAAGCCUGUACACAGUACAUCUUUUAUUGUAAGAUUCCUAACUAUUUAGUUACUUGUAGAUGCUAGUUAACCUGUAUGAUCCUAGAAAAACUUCCUUGCUGCCUUGGACUUAGUCUUUUUCUAGUAUAGUUUAGAAAACACUUAAAGACAGCCCUGAAUGAUGGCUACUGGGUUAAACAGAACAAGAGAAAUUUUGCCCUGUGUGCUUUGCACAAUAUGUGUUGGUUAAUUUAUAGAGCGAGUACGUACAACCAUGAGUAAACAUUUCCCUUUAAUUAUCCAUUUCCCCCCAGUUCACACACCAGUAACUGGCAUUUUUAGGCUAUUUAGGCUCUAUGCCACUGAAACCUUUUCUCAGGAGCAAUGUAAUGCAGUCCGAUCUGAAAUAGCAAAGACACGAUGCUUUUUUCUAAUCAAUGAUGCUGCCAUAAAUCAAGUAAAACGUUGUUUGGAAUAGAUAUUCCAAUAAAAUACUUUCUCUGAA